CCAAGCGAUUCUUUACCAGUUUCUCUUUGCCAGAAGACAACAGAGGCAUGGUUAACGCCCUCGGUUCUAUGAAUAUCCAUCAGGUGUUGCUACUCACUCUUGUUCUAUUUCCAGCAAUAGCUUGUAGUGCCAAGAGUAAUCGGCUGGGCGUUUCAUCCUGUGGUGAUAUUCACAAUAUACGAUAUCCGUUUCGAUUAAAGAGUGAUCUAAAAGAACGUGGUGUCUACAAGCUGAAUUGUGAAGAUAAUCACACUGUUUUACAUCUUGAUAAGGGCCGAUUCUACGUGCAGUCUAUCAAUUAUACCUCUAAUCAAAUCAGAUUGGUUGAUGACGGAUUGCAAAAGGAUAAUUGCUCAUCUCUCCCUCGUCAUUCAUGGGCGUUGUAUAACUUCGAGAAUAGUGACAAUUUAAUCAACCCAUACUAUAGGGGCGACAAAGGUACAUUGGUCAUCGUGAACUGCUCAAAGCCAGUUAGGAAUCUAUUCUAUAUCACUGCCGGUCCAUGCAUUAUGGGGUCAUACUCUUCCAACACAUCAUUGUAUUGGAACUUGUACGCUUUGGUCAAUCCAAAAGCAUCGGAUGUUAGGGAUUUUUGCACCACUUACAGGUGGACAUGGGUAUCAUUUAAUUUUGGGGGUGAAGAGCAGAUUAAUAGCAGCUCCUACAACUACAAGCUAAUCCAUAAGAUCAUGACUGAUGGAUUCAGUCUCCCCUUUCCACAUUCAAGGACGAAAGUUUUCAUGUGCUUCUUUGAUUUCUUCAACAUCUACUAUGGUUCUGCGAGUUGCAAAUCCUUUCAAUACUAUGGUAAGCAUCUGUUAGCAAUGAAAUUUUACCGCCAUUUUGCAUGAUUA